AUGAAAGAAGAAAAGAGAGUGCAAGGCAUAAACAAGAGGCAGAAAAAUAGAGAUCUAUCCGUUUACAUUGGCAAUUUGCCAUAUGGUUGCCAAGUAUUGAAUGUCGUCAAUCUUUGCCAGCAAUAUGGAAAUGUAAUUGAAGCACAUGUCUUAAAUAGAAGAAAGAAAAAGAGUAUCAAUAUCAAGGGUUCAGCACUGUUUGCAUUUGUUUACCUGGAAACACCGGCUUGCGUAGAAGCUAUCGUUCAGGCAUUGCAUGGCUUCGAAUAUGAAGGAAAUAGGUUGAUCGUUGAGAAGCGUCAUCCAGCCAAAUCAGCCAUAUUUAAAUUCACUCAAACUCAAGAGAAGGAUGAACCCAGUUCAGCGAAGCUCGACUUUAAAUAUAAAGAAGCAUUAUGUCUCAAGGAAAUGCAAAUGAAGCAAUCAGACGCGGAAUUAGAAAAACACAUGAAGUAUGACAAUUACCAAAAUCAAGGCAGUGAACAAGAAAUAAUAAAAACGGACGAAAAUGGCUUAAAUUAUCCCCGUCUAGACAGAGAGGUACGUAAGCCGCAAAUAGGGCGUGCUUCAAGCGAAGAAGAUUAUUUACGCUCACUAAAAAAGAGCCCACUAAGUAUUCCGAACCUUCUUACACAAGAAAAUUCAUCUGCUGUGCAGGAUGAAAUUAAAACAAAGCAAGCCGAUCCAGAACAUACGUUCCUCAACAAUUAUCAAUUUCUGCCAAGCAUACCUUUAGAUAAACUGUUUUACUCCGAAACUGCUGAGAACCCAAUUCUGGUAAUUGGCAUUCUUAACAUUCCAAUGAAAACUUCACCCGUAGAUCUUUAUGACGACUUUUCUCAGUAUGGAAAAAUUUUAGGAGCGGCCAUCAAUCAAACACCGAAUCCAGAUCAAACGUUAUAUGCUGAGUUGGCGGUCAACUCUCAUCAAGAUUGUUCUAAGAUUAUCGCUGCCUUUCAAAAUUUCUUAUAUAAAGGUAUCCAACUUCAGUUCUUUGUGAAGCAGCCAAUGCAAAUGCAGGCGCCUCCUUCUUCCCCAAUGUCUUCGACGCAACCACCGAUAGUCCCAAUUCCUUUGCUACCAUUUGAACCAGUAGCAACGAUGGAACCGCCUGUAGCAAUGAUUCCUCCUCCUCCUUCCUUCGUACCGCCUCGCGUUCCAAUGCCGAGUGCUAUUAACACGAUUGAUAUGAAUACUCCCCAAGCUUCCGACCCGUGUAAUUUGUUUGUUAAAAAUAUUGACGAUAAUGUUGUAGGAACCUCAGAACAAUUUGAGGAAUUUUUCUCUCAGUUUGGUCGUGUGAAAUCGUGUGUUUUAGCAAGUUACCCAAACACUGGAAUUUCUAAAGGAUACGGAUUCGUUUCUUUUAAUCAUCCAUCCGAAGCGAUGCAAGCAAUAUCUUUUUUAAACAAUACGUAUGUUGGCAAAAAAAGACUAUUUGUUAGUUUUGCGGAAAAGAAAGAAGAAAGAAAGAAAAGAUUGAAUGCUCUAUUUAACCAAGAAUUGGCACCAGCACCUCCAGCACCGGUUGCUGUUCAAUUAUCUCCUGAACCCAUUCCAUUUGACAUGUAUUCUCAAUAUAUGGUCGUUCCCACACUACCGUCAGCACCAAUGGCAAAACCACCGGUCUUAAUGGCUGAAAUGGAGCAACCAAAACCGUUUCAUACCGAUGAAAAUGAGUAUAUUGUAAAAUCCGGGAUGAAACCAUCAAAGAGAAGUUCCAAACGAUCAAAUGCACUUUCAACUUUAACAAAUAUGGUUAACUAA